AACUUUUUUCCUGUAGAAAAUAAAGUGUUUUAUUUACCUCUUCAUGACUGUCUGUACGUUUCCUGUUCAAGCUGGGCUGCUUAAGGCCAUCGAGGACUUUGUAAGUUCAGAUCAUAGAUGCUGUAAUCGGCCUCAGGUCCAGCUGUCACUCCUACGCUCCCUUAAUUGUCCCGGUCUGCCUGGUCCUGUCGAUGGCAGCCGGCCUAUGACUCAGAAAACCAGAGGAAGCGAAAGGAAGGAACAGGCGAGGGGGAAAGCAGCUGCAAGUGCUGAGGGGAGGGAAGCAAAUUACAGUGAGAGAGGUGAAGCUUACAGCUGUCUUCAGCUGAACGAGAUUCUGUUUGUUUUGGGGUCUAAAUGGGCUAAAUCUUAAAUGUGAGCGUAGUUGGGGAGGGUUGGAGGAGUAACAUUUCCUGAUUUGACAGGUUGUUCAAAAAUCUGUAGGUGCUUAAUUUCUCCCCCUCCAGUUGUCAGAAGCAUCCAUGUGUUUCAUCCUCUGAGAACAUUGAACAUUUACAUCUGAAUUUUAGAGUUACUAAAUGUCUUUUUUUUUAAAUGGUCUAUUUGAGCUGAAUAGUUUAACUUGUUUUUUGUUUUAAAGGCACAAAUUAAAGUAUUGGUUUCUGAAAGAUUUCUGGAUUAGACGAGUGUGGUCAGUUGCUCAUUGUUGCCUCCUCCUCCUCCUCCCCCUCCUCCACUUGCGUGCAGCAGCUCCUCAGUGGAUCCAACAGCCGAACCUCUGCCUGCGGACAUCCCGUCCCACUCAGCUGUGAGGCUGCCAGAGCUGCUCUGGAUGAUCACAUUCUCUGUAGCACAUCGCUGCACGCAGAGGAUGCAGCUUUUCAUCCGCGCCCAGCCUACAGGUUGCAGGGAUGGAUCGCUGAUCGAGCACUGCCACCAAGAUGCUUUUCCGUCCUGCAUCAUGGCGGCUCUUCCUGAUGCAUCAUGGGGGCUCAUCUGCCGCAUGAGCACUACAACAGACGAGGACUGACUGGGUCGUCAUGGAGACCGGCAGCUUCAGCUCAGACCCGGCCACCACCGACUGGGCCUGGACGCCGGCUGAUGUGGACGCCCUGGGAGUCCGUCAGGAGCAGGGGGGAGCAGGCGGCUCGCCGAGCGCUCCGGUGUCCUGGCCGUUCUCGCUGGGCUUCCAGGUGCUGCUCACUGCUUUCCUCAUGCUGGAGCUGGUCCUGGGCUUCAGCAGUAACCUGACUGUGCUGGUGCUCUACUGCUCCCAGUCCAACCUCGUGGACUCGGUCAGUAACCUGGUGACGGUCAACCUGCACGUGCUGGACGUGGUGGUGUGUGUUCUGUGCGUGCCCCUCACGCUGGUGGUCGUGCUCCUGCCUCCCGGCCCGAACCUGGGCCUGCUCUGCUGCUUCCACGAGGCCUGCGUCACGUUCGCCAGCAUCGCCACCGCCGUCAACAUCCUGGUGAUCAGCCUGGACAGAUACGACAUCUCAGUGCGGCCGGCCAACCGACUGCUGACCACGCGGAGAGCGGCGUUGCUUCUCACUGCCGUCUGGCUCGCCUCCGUCGCCGUGUUCUUCAUCCCGUUCUUGGAAAUGCAGUGGCCGAGUGGAGGAGGAGCAGAGGAGGCGUCGUGGAACAACAGGACCCUGCUGUGUGUAGGCAGCGGGAGCUACCAAACGGUUCUGGGGGUGCAUUACCACCUCCUCCUGCAGGUGCCCAUUUUCUUCACCACCGUGGCGGUCAUGCUGUUCACCUACUCCAGGAUACUGAGGGCCUUGAACAUCCGCAUUGGCUCCCACAUGAGGAGGAGCCAGCGGUUCAGGGGGAGCAGGAGGAGACUGAAGAAGAGAAAGGCUGAGCUCAACACGGACGAAGGCGUUGAAGAGGGAAAACAGGGGACUGCUGGGGGGGCCGAACAGCAGAGCCGCCCUCCUCUUAUCGCCUCCCUGUCCCCCACUCCCACGGCCACUUCUCCUCCUGCUUUGUCUUCUGCUGCCCCCCUUGUAACUUCAGACAUGGGGGCUGCCACUCCCCUACCGGCCUCCCUGGGGGUCCAGGCCUCUGUGUCUGCGAUCAUCGCCCUCCGCCGGGCGGUGCGACGGCACAGGGACAGACGAGAGCGCCAGAGGCGGGUGUUCCGGAUGUCCCUCAUCAUCAUCACGACCUUCCUGGGUUGUUGGGCCCCCCUCUCUGUGACCAACGUGCUAAUCCUGGGCAUGGGCCCCAGCGAGGUCCUGGUCAGCCUGCGCCUCUGGUUCCUAGCCCUGGCGUACGGCACCACCGUUUCCCACCCUUUGCUCUACGCCUUCACCCGGCAGAAACUCCGCCGUGCCCUGCGGGCCAAGGUCAAAAAGAGGGUGGUGUCCCUGCUGCAGGUUGACCCCUCACCAGGGGGCACAGUAAUACACAACUCCUGGGUGGAGAACAGGAAAACCAGUCGGCAAGUGCAGCUGGAGGCAAGCGAGGGCACCGACCGCCAGCUGGCAGAGGCCCUGUGAGGCGGGAACCCUUGGGGGAGCGUGGGGGUCAUUAAGAGGCAGAGUCACAGAUGUGCUCCAUUAAAAAACUCAGUGAGGCGAGAAGAAAGACCCGGGAAAAACACAUUUUUACCUCUGGGAGGUGUUUGGCUGUAAGCACCGGCAGCAAACCUUCGCCGCCGCCGCCGCCGUCACUCCACAGGUCAUCUGCAGCAGGAUGGUGUCAUCUGGUGCUGAAGAAGCCAACUCAGUGGUCUUGUGGUAGAGUGUCUGCCCUGAGACUGGAAGGUUGUGAGUUUGAAUCCAAUGCUUCCCUGCUCAACACUAAGCAUUAAAGGGUUGGACUGGGGGGGUCAAACCACCAACUGCUCCCCUCUCUUGAUUCAUUGAAAUAAAAAAAUACUUAAAAAUGCAAAUUUGGGCUUAGGUUUCUCAACAAGUGUCCUCCAUCAUCAUGAUUCACAUCGCAGUGAGGCUUUAACCCUUGUUCUAUCUUGGAUGACCCCCCCCCCUUCCAUUGACGUGUUCUUCCUACCAUGACA